GCCAGACUGGCUGAAGAAUUUUUCUGGGUUGGUGGCAGCAUUGUAGCUUCUCCGAGAUGGAAAAUCGGCCGUAUUGUGGAAAGAUGUAUGAGUUCCAUGCAAGCCGGUACCCAAAUGAUCAAACUCCGUGGCAGUUCCAAAGGGCUGGUCCGCUUCUAUUACCUGGAUGAGCACAAGUCAUGUAUUCGCUGGAGACCUUCUCGAAAGAAUGAGAAAGCCAAAAUUUCUAUCGACUCUAUUCAGGAGGUGUGCGAGGGGAAGCAAUCAGAGAUCUUUCAGCGCUAUGCCGAUGGCAGUUUUGAUCCCAACUGCUGCUUCAGCAUCUACUAUGGAGACCAUAUGGAAUCUCUUGACCUGGUGUCUUCCAGUGGAGAGGAAGCACGCACCUGGAUCACAGGGCUAAAAUAUCUCAUGGCAGGGAUCAGUGAUGAAGACAGCCUCUCAAAACGCCAAAGGACCAGAGACCAGUGGUUGAAGCAGACGUUUGAUGAGGCAGAUAAAAACGGUGAUGGCAGUCUGAGUAUUAGUGAAGUGCUCCAGCUAAUGCACAAACUGAAUGUGAACCUGCCCCGACAAAAAGUCAAGCAAAUGUUUAAGGAGGCUGAUACAGACGAUAACCAGGGCACUCUGGGCUUCGAUGAGUUCUGCGCCUUCUACAAGAUGAUGUCAACACGACGCGAUUUGUACCUGCUAAUGCUCACCUACAGCAACCACAAGGACUACCUGGAUACAGAUGACCUGAGACGCUUUCUGGAGACUGAACAGAAGAUGACGAAUGUGACUAAAGAACACUGCCUGGAAAUCAUCAGCAAGUUUGAACCAUGUCUGGAGAACAAGAAGGAAGGAGCUCUGGGGAUUGAUGGUUUCACCAAUUACAUGCGGAGUCCGUCAGGGGACAUAUUCAACCCAGAACACUACCAAGUGAAUCAGGACAUGACUUACCCUUUGAGUCACUAUUUCAUUACCUCUUCACAUAAUACCUACCUCAUGGGAGAUCAGCUGAUGUCCCAGUCUAGGGUGGACAUGUAUGCAUGGGUGCUACAGUCUGGCUGUCGUUGUGUAGAAGUUGACUGCUGGGAUGGGCCGGAUGGUGAACCAAUUGUCCACCACGGAUACACUUUGACUUCCAAAAUUCUCUUCAAAGAUGUGAUUGAAACUAUCAACAAAUAUGCCUUUAUCAAGAAUGAGUACCCUGUUAUCUUGUCAAUUGAGAACCAUUGCAGUGUCAUUCAGCAGAAGAAGAUGGCUCAGUAUCUUAUAGAAAUUCUGGGAGACAAACUGGAUCUGUCUUCUGUGCACAACGAUGAUUCUACCAAGCUCCCUUCACCAGCAAGUCUUAAAGGAAAGAUACUGGUUAAGGGGAAGAAACUUCCAGCCAACAUCAGUGAAGAUGCAGAGGAAGGUGAAGUUUCUGAUGAGGACAGUGCUGAUGAGAUUGACGAUGACUGUAAACUAAUGAAUGGAGAUGCAUCUACUAAUAGGAAAAGAGUGGAGACUAUAGCAAAGAAAAAACUUGACUCGCUGAUAAAAGAAUCCAAAAUCCGUGACUGUGAAGAUCCAAAUAAUUUUACAGUUACCACUCUACCAUCAUCAGGAAAAGCUGGUCUAAAAUUAGAUAGUAAGAAGAGUAAGCUUGAGGAUGAUGUGGAAUCUGGGGAAGACUUCAGUACCAACAAAAGGCACAGCCGGUCAUUGAUGGGCAGUUUUUCUAAACGCAAGAAAAAAGGAAGCAAAUUGAAAAAGGCAACAAGCCUGGAAGAAGGUGAAGAUGAUUCAGAUUCUCAAGGAAAUUUAGCCAGGAGCUCUGUACAUUGCAGCAGGAUAAACCGACAGAAGAAAACAAUGAAGCUGUCCAGGGCACUUUCUGAUCUGGUGAAAUACACAAAAUCUGUUGGCAUCCAUGAUGUUGAAACUGAAAUCUCUUCCAGCUGGCAGGUUUCAUCUUUCAGUGAAAUAAAAGCCCACCAGAUACUGCAGCAAAAGCCAGCACAGUAUCUGCGUUUCAACCAGCAUCAGUUGUCCCGCAUCUACCCAUCUUCCUAUCGUGUGGACUCCAGCAACUACAAUCCCCAGCCAUUCUGGAAUGCUGGCUGCCAGCUCGUUGCACUAAACUACCAGUCAGAGGGGAGAAUGCUGCAACUGAACCGGGCCAAAUUUAGUGCCAAUGGCAAUUGUGGCUAUGUCCUCAAACCAAACUGCAUGUGUCAAGGUGUCUUUAAUCCAAAUUCUGAAGACCCACUGCCUGGCCAAUUGAAGAAACAGCUGGUUCUAAGGAUUAUCAGUGGUCAACAACUCCCAAAACCACGAGAUUCCAUGUUGGGAGACAGAGGAGAGAUCAUAGAUCCAUUUGUUGAAGUAGAAGUUAUAGGUUUACCUGUUGAUUGCUUCAAAGAACAAACCAGAGUAGUUGAUGAUAAUGGUUUUAACCCCAUGUGGGAGGAAACGCUGGUGUUCACAGUACACAUGCCAGAGAUUGCACUGAUUCGGUUCCUUGUGUGGGAUCACGAUCCAAUUGGGCGUGACUUUAUUGGACAGAGGACAAUAGCUUUCAGCAGUAUGAUGCCAGGUUAUCGACACGUGUACCUGGAAGGUAUAGAAGAGGCAUCCAUCUUUGUUCACGUGGCUAUUAAUGACAUCUGUGGUAAGGCCAAACAAGCUCUAGGUCUAAAAGGCCUGUUUGUCAGAAAUCCAAAGCAGGCCUCUCUGGACAGUCAUGCUGCUGGUCAGCUCCAUCGCAAACAUUCCUUUAGCAGUCAUAUCUUGAGACGGACAGCUAGUGCACCCACCAAAAGCCAGAAGAAGAACAAGAAGGGCUUUCCUGAAAUUGCUAUUGACACAAAAGACAACAGCUCUGAAGGGGCCGGUGAAGACUGUGAUGUGGAAGCCGCCUCCCAGCCUCGCUUUGAGCAAGAGCCAGAAGGUGCUUCCCUGUCACCAGCUCCCAGAGAUGGUGCCAGUGGGGAGGCACAUGGCAAGGGGUUGAAAGGUAAGGCCCAUAGUUUUCGUAAAGCCAAAAGCCAAAGUUGUGCUCGAGGGGGUGCUGCUUUCAGUGAACCCAUACAGAGAUCUAGCAGGGUCCGGCUUCAGGAGCACCAGAGCGAGAAGCAAAGCGUCUUUGCACGCUGUGCCAUCAACAGCUCUGGUAGGAUUGGAGUGGCCACCAAUUGCAUGAAAUGCAUGAUUGGUUCCAAAGAAAGCCCAGAUCUAGAAUGCAAGUGGAGUGACCAUCCUACCAGGCCUAUUGCUAAAGAUAUACGUCACCACGAUCAGUAUAGCAGUAUAACUGGAGAAGAGAGCUUAGAGCUAAAAAACUGGGGUGCUAACGGUCAGCCCAGGCGGCAAUCAGAUUUGCAGCCUUGCAGCAGCUCUGGAACUGCCGAUGAUCUAACAAGAAGCACCCAGUCUUUUGUGACCCCAGGGAAGAAAAAUGUUGAAUCAAAAUGUCAUGGAAUAAAGGCUCAUUCUCGGCAGCGGUGGCAGUGCCAAUCAGGUGGCAAGUACGGAAGCACUGUCAACUUGGUUGCAGCCAGCAAUGGCUCUAUAUCCUCCAACUCCAGCAGUCUAGAAAGCCUUGGAAGCCCAGAAUUCCCCAAGCGCUGUUCUGAAACUUCUCGAAGGCAAGUGGGCACCCUACAGAGGGAAAUGAAUGCCUUGUUCGUUCAAAAAUUGGAGGAAAUUCGAAGUAAAUCCCCUAUAUUCUUUACUGUAGAUGUCUGCCGUUUCUCCAUGCAGAGGUCAGUCACUUCUUUAUGCAGCCUCGAAACGAUCACUGAAGAGCCUGUUAUUGCCAAUGAAAACCAUCAUGCCAGCCUUUUCUUCCCUCUACCCGUUACUCCUUACAGCGAUUCUGAGGAAGGGUCUGUCUCUGAUCAUUCCACCAAAUCUCGAUCAGAGGCAGGCAGCACAUCCAACCACCCUCAAGAAUCUCAGCUCACUAGAGAACAAAGAACAAAUCUGGCUGCAGAAGGCCAAAUGCAGGUAGUCACCAGAGCAGCUGACACAAGUUUAGCAGUCCAAGAAAACGAGAGGCCGAGCAUGGCAGGAUGUCUCAAAGAAGAAAACGGUUGGACACAGGCAUGCAGUAAAGCUGGAGAUCAGUGUGGAUUGGCAGCGCAUCCUCAAAAAGCCCGGCUGGCAGCAGCAGCAGGUAAGGCUGCUGGCCAACCUAUUGAAAACUGCCAGAAGCAAAAUGAUCAACAGGGUCGGGUAUUAACAGACGUGAAAAGCACCGUUGAAUCCAAAGGCCAAAAACUUGGUGCAGCAGCUGUUCAACUGCAGCAAAACAACGGGGCUAACAGCACAAAUACGACUUUGCCUCCAGACACUUUACAGAAAUCCCACGCUGCACAGGCUCUGCCUGUUUCUGUUUCUCAGACGAGCUCUUACAUGUUGGUGAGAAGGUCAAAGGGUGAAGGACUGAAGAUGUCAGACUCCUCAGCCUUAAUAAAAAUUCCAAGUAGCCUGUCUCCAGCAGCAGAAGUAUACUUCGAUGCCACUGUUAACGACCGGAUCUGGAGCAAGCUAGAUUGCAGCAAUCAUCGUGACAGCAUGUCUUCCUCUUCCAGCAUGUCCUCCAACGACACUGUGAUAGAUCUCUCUCUACCCAAUCUAGCUCGCAAAAGCCUCCCAGAUCUUGGCAUCCAUCACGAGAAUUUUGAGCCCCUUGCCGUAAGAAAGGGUAUGCGCCCACGGUCUGCUACAACGUCUGGUAAUGAGAUGCCAAUGGUGAGCAAGAGCAAAUCCAAUCCCAACCUGGUGUCUGGCCAGCUGCCAGCGGAUGAGUUGUGCCCCCGUCCUCUUGCCAGGAGCCCUCAAGAUGCAUUCUCAUCCAUUCCUAGACGGCACACCUGGAGCAGGCUGUACAUAGAAAGUCUCAGACAGUCUUCUAACAAAUCCAAAGCACAGGAUAUGGUUGGGAAUAACCAGGCAAAAUCCAAGAGUCUUGGAGACCUUACCUCUGAUGACAUUGUGUGCACUUUUGAAAGCAAAUACCGUAGCAUCAGCAGGAGUUUUGUCACUCGAUCAAUUCUCGAUCCGACUGAAUCUGAAGAGGAAGGGGAGAGCCUGGGACUCCUUCGCAGGUCUUCGUCUCGCAGCCAGAGCAGGGUGCGGUACAUUGCCAACAGGGCCAAGCAAGCUCAGGAGAGACAGCGGCUGCAAAGCCUGGGCCAGCUCGGGGGGAGUCCCAUCGAGGAGAGAGGAAAUCCCGAGGGAGCCUGCAGCGUUGCAAAAGCCGUAAACAUCUAUGUGAUGUUAACAACAGCUAAGUGUGAGUGCCUGGGAGCCUUCAGUGCUCCAGCGGUCUCAUGGUGCCUGUGCAUCGCGUUGCUCCUGCUGGUACCCAUCAGACAAACGGAGCGAGGAGAGGCCGCGGAAAUUGCUACAGUGAGCAGCCAGUAUGUUAACAACUCUUUCUUUUCAAGGUGA